GGGUAAAGUGAGUAGAUAAGAGCAGAGAUGCACUGAGAGCACAGCCACACUGAUGCAACACACACUCAUCAUAGAUUAUUGCUGGACCACAAGACGGCUUGUUGUGUGUGGUGUUAUUAAACACAGCAUGGAAAUGAGAUCUUUCCAGAAAGCUGCACAGACGGCAGCCCUACUAAUCUAAUUAAUCAGCGUCUGAGUUUUUUUCAUUUUCUUCUGCCCUCUUUUCUGCCACUCCUUGUUGCUCUCUCCUCUCUGGUCUAGUCAUCUCCCUUACUCAACCCAUCCUUCCCUCUGUACUCCCCCCAAUCUGCCUUCUUUAUGUACCUCUCGCUCUGAUAUCUGCAAAUCUGAACUUCACACCCUCUCUCAAGUGUUUGGGCACAAGUGUGCCAUGUCAUAUGUAACUAUAAAGCCUCCCGUUGUCUUUGUUUCGUGAAUAGCUGCUGUUAUGGAGCUGGGUUCAGGAGCAGAGAGGAGAUCAAAGCAGGCACACUGCUCAAUCUGUUGUAACAAUGUGUAGAUGCCUCUGCAGCAAGAUGGAGGGAUGGUGAUGCAGGAUCUACCAGGCUUUACAGGCAACCUGCUACCACGCCAGAAGACAGCUGUCGGCUUUACACCUUGCUGGUGGUCAUCAUGCUGUGAGCGGACAGAGUUUAAACUCCUUCUCUAUGUUGGUGGUUCGAUCGAGCGUCACAUUUGCAGCUUGUGGUUUUUAAAGAGCCAGGCAGCAUGGGAGGGGCCCUCCCCCGUUGAAGCGCAGCAGCAGCAGAACAGUGGGGAGCUACAGUACAGUUCUGCGCCAUCCGGCACAGUGAGUCAGCUGAGCUGCCGGGAUCACAGACGCUGGUGAAUGAAUGAAUGAAGGAGAGAGGAGGAGAGAGGGAGACCCAGGAUCUGGAUACAGAAAUGCGAAGGUGCAGCCGAGGAGAUGCGCGGGGCUGAGAGUCUGACACGGAAACACUGAAGUGAUCGGAGCGAGCUUGUUGACGCAUAAUCCCACCCGCCCCGCUGGCUUUGGGAUGGGGCAGAUCCAGCCUGCCUAAACUCAAAUCCUUCAAGAGAGAUUUACGCAGAGUGCUGCUGCGGGUUCAGCCACCUUCAAGAAGACGUGACAUUUUAUUUUAGACCAGUUCUACAAACGUUCUAGGGUGAUCAUGAGUAGAUUUUAAUUUUGGUUGGUGGAAGAUCCAUAUUCUCGCUGAGUUGUCCGAAGCAGAGGAUCUAAUGCGCUCAUCAUCAGGGUAUUAAACACGCCGUUGGAAUCGGCACUGUCACUGCGUCGCGGCCGGGUGGUCCUUUGGUUGGAUAAGUCUCGAGGACCUGUCCGUACAUCAUCAUCAUCACCACCAUCCUUAUCCUCAUCAUCAUCGUUACCACAGGUAUUUGUUCGUGAUUGAGUUGAUUACAACGGAGAUCUGGAGCCAUGACAGGCCCCCCGCUGGUCCCACAGCCCGCCUGCUGACGGUACCGGGCAUGAUGGGAGCAGGUCUGCCGCUUUUAGGAUCCCGAACCAGCCGAUUUAUCAAUGGAGGAAGAGAGUGACACCCGGAAAAUCAACAACAGCUUCCUUCGCGACCACAACUAUGCAACCGAAGCUGACAUUAUCUCAACGGUUGAGUUUAACUCAUCAGGGGAGCUCCUGGCCACCGGGGAUAAAGGAGGGAGAGUGGUUGUCUUCCAGAGGGAGCAGGAGAGUAAGAGCCAACCCCAGCGUAGAGGGGAAUACAAUGUUUACAGUACAUUCCAGAGCCAUGAGCCGGAGUUUGACUACCUGAAGAGUUUGGAGAUUGAGGAGAAGAUCAACAAGAUCAAAUGGCUUCCUCAGCAGAAUGCCGCCUACUUCCUUCUAUCCACCAAUGACAAGACGGUGAAGCUGUGGAAAAUCAGUGAGCGAGACAAGCGUCCAGAGGGCUACAACUUGAAGGAUGAGGAUGGACGGAUCAGAAACCCAUCGACCAUCACCUCGCUACGGGUGCCGGUCCUGCAGCCCAUGGACUUGAUGGUCGAGGCUACAGCCAGGCGUAUAUUCAGCAAUGCCCACACCUACCACAUCAACUCCAUCUCUGUCAACUCCGACCUUCAGACUUUCAUCUCCACCGACGACCUCAGGGUGAACCUGUGGAACCUGGAGAUUACCGAUCGCAGCUUCAACAUUGUUGACAUCAAGCCAGCCAACAUGGAGGAGCUGACGGAGGUGAUCACCUCAGCAGAGUUCCAUCCACAGCAGUGUCACACCUUCGCCUACAGCAGCAGCAAGGGUUCAAUACGCCUCUGUGACAUGAGACAGGCCGCGCUCUGCGACAAACACUCCAAAUACUUUGAGGAGCCAGAGGAUCCCUCCACUCGCUCCUUUUUCUCUGAAAUCAUCUCAUCCAUCUCUGAUGUGAAGUUCAGCCACAAUGGGCGUUACCUGAUGACAAGGGACUACCUCACUGUCAAGGUGUGGGACCUUCAAAUGGAGAACAAACCACUUGAGACGUACCAGGUUCACGAUUAUUUACGAGGCAAACUUUGUUCUCUAUAUGAGAAUGACUGCAUCUUUGACAAGUUUGAGUGCGUCUGGAAUGGAUCAGACAGUGUCAUAAUGACCGGCUCCUAUAACAAUUUUUUCCGAAUGUUUGACCGGAACACUAAACGUGACGUCACACUGGAAGCAUCCAGGGAGAACAGCAAACCCAGAGCCAUUCUCAAGCCUCGGAAGGUGUGUGUAGGUGGGAAGCGUCGCAAGGAUGAGAUCAGUGUAGACAGUUUAGACUUCAGCAAGAAGAUCCUUCACACUACGUGGCAUCCACAUGAGAACAUCAUCGCUGUAGCGGCCACCAACAACCUCUACAUCUUCCAAGACAAGGUCAACUAAAGGAGGAUGUGCCCCUGCUGACCCCUGACAUGAGGGGCCAGUUAGGAGAAGGAGCAAGACAGAGCCCCCUAUCUACAUCCUUCUCCUUCCUGUCCCUAUGUCCUGUUGCUUGAAUUCUGAUGCUCUGCAGAGGAAGUGCAGAGACGAAAAUCUCUGAAGAAGAAGAAGAAGAAGAAGAAGGAAUUGAUAAGACCUGGAUACAACUUGAGGAUAAGGUUCCUCACAAAGUGAAGAAUGGACUUUUAUUCUUCAGUGUGACUUCUAAUUUAAUUUAUUUAGUGAUGCGGACACCUGGAGAAGUGACUCCUGUGCAUUUAUGCAACAAGAGGAUUGCUGCAUGAGUAACAUGAUGUAGCAGCCUGCUGAAAGGGGUUGGAGAUGGGUACACUGAACACAAACCAGAGCACACAGACAGAAACCUAGCUUACGUGAUGGUGGCUCAUUGUCAUGUAGCAACAGUGCCCCCUCUCUUUCAAUCUGCUCAUGCUACGGCGCAUGUUAUCAACCCUGCGGCCUCUGACUGAGGCGAGGCUUCAGACAGUGCACAACACUGCGAAGUUCCGAUAAAAAGAGGAAGUGACUGUUAAUCUCUGACCCCAGAGUUUUCUCUGCCUGUGACACAAUGUGGUCAGUCUGUUCGUACCAAUUCUGUGUCUCCCUGCUGAGACUGCUGUAGUCUGUAAUGUGAAUGAAGCCCCUCAAGGCUGUGUCAAUGGUUUUAUUUAAUGCUGUUGUUUUAUUGAGUCCUCGUCUCGGUCAAUGAGUCUGUUUAGAAGCUGUGGUGCCUUCUUUUGGUAUAUGGGAGUUUGAUGUAGGGGGGAGCGGGAGGGUGGGGGCGGGGGGGGCUGAGUACAAGGCAGGAGUGUGAAUGUUUCAAAUGAAAUGUCAACUUUUUUUCCCCCUCUUUCUCUAUAAACAAAAACAAAAAUGCUCCACUGAGGUCCCAAGUGGAAAAAGUGCUUGAAGCAAUGUAGUCAAAAUUACAUUAUAGCACCGGCUACAUGCUUGUGAUUUCAGGGGAGGACGCUGUGAUAUGUACAAAGUAAUUGUUGCUCUUAUCUCUUAUCUUGCAGUAAAUCUGAUGUCAUCAGCUUGCAAGAGACACGGAAAAGUCACUUUUCUCUACUUUUUCCUUUUUCUUUUGCAAAGUUCCUGUUGGAAAAAAAUCUUCACUACAUUUUUUCCUAUUUGCAUUUUUCUGACAAUGAUCUGUAGAUGGUAGAGAUGGGAACUUUUCUUGUAAAAUUACUGAACUUAAUCUUGGCAAACACCAUGCUAGCUUAGCUCUUUUUGCAUGCACUGAAUUGGAUUCUGAUGAAACUGACAGCCUGCACACGGAUGUUUGAACAUCUACAGAUCAUCUGAGGCAUUAUGCAAGUAAAAUAAAUUCUGCCAGUUAAAAAAAUGUUUAAUUUGAGACAGGUAAAAUGGAAAUGGUAGCAGGAUGCGUUUCAGCUUUCAGCUCUGAUCAGUUUGGAGAGCAGUCAAAGGUCUAAAUAAACUCUGUGAAAUCAGGGAAUUAUUAAGUGUGAUUCCUUUAAACAAUAACGUCUUCUAAACAACCUCUUUGUGACACUAAUUGAAACAAAAAAAACUUUUAUAGCUCAGAAUGUAUUGAAAUGCAAUUAAUUACCAUGCAGUCUUUCGGCUCACUGAACUUUCUUUGAAUAAAAAAGAAUAAAGAUGUGCAAGUUCAAA